AUGAGCCCGCUGGCUGUUCCAUCCAUUGACUACUGUGCCAUGUUCAUGGCCACGCUGGUCGGCUUCUUCGCCAACUCCCCAGGCUCCGGCCUGCGACGUUUCAGCUGCUUUACCGGCCUUGGACGGAAAGCUUCCCAAUCAGGUGCCCAGCGACUUCAAAGCGGAACGGUCCGCACCUAUUAUGUUGCCGCGAAAGAGGUAGAAUGGAACUACGCAGCCACGGGCUGGGACAACUGGCUUGGUGUACCCAUCAACGACUCUCCGCGUGCAUCCUCCGCAGGCAUUUUGAAAUCCGGGGGUUCCCUUGGUCUUACGUGGACCAAAGCAUUGUAUAGGGGCUAUACCGACGCCGCCUUCUCCAACCUCAUGGAGCAGGCGCCGGACCAAUGCACACAAGGUCCUCUGCUCCGUGCUGAAGUCGGCGAUCUCAUCCAGAUCCUCUUCUGUAACAAACUUACCAGCAACUAUGCAACGAUGCACUCGAUGGGCCUGACCUACUCCAAGGGCUAUGAAGGCAGUCUCUACCCCAACACCACAACCGGCGGAUCUCCCCCCCUCCCCAACGUUGAUGCCCUCGCGCCCGGCCAGUGCUUUGUCUACAAGUGGUUCGUGCCAGAGACCGCGAAGCCAAUGGCUUCCGACCCUGCGCGCAUGUGGUCGUACCACUCGUUCGUCGACAUGCAGUCCGACAUGAACGCUGGUCUGAUCGGGCCCAUCGUCGUCUACCAGCGCGGUCUGAUGAAUUCAACGAUGAAUUCAUACCGUGAGUUUCCCAUUCUGUUCAUGAUCUACGAGGAGUCCAGCAGCUUCCUUGCCGCCGCCAACGCCGAGAAGCUCGGCAAUGCCACAAAGAGCAUGGAGAUGCCCGUGACGCUCAAUAACGAGUACGCCGGCAGUUCAUCGUUCUGGAAGCCGCAGUUGGCAAACAUGCCGACGAUCCUCCCUUUCGUCGACGCGGGCGCCGUCGUUUCAUUCUAUUAA